CACACACACACACACACACACUAAAACCUCUAGACAGACAGACAGAACCACAGUUUCCCUUGGAAUUGUUGAUGUUAUUAAACUGCUCCAGAAACCAUGGCUCCUUUUGGAAGAAACUUGUUAAAGACUCGGCAUAAAAACAGAUCACCACCCAAGGAUAUGGAUAUAGAAGAGAAAGAAAUUGUCGUUUGGGUUUGCCAAGAAGAAAAGAUUGUCUGUGGACUGACCAAACGUACCACAGCAGCUGAUGUAAUCCAGGCUUUGCUUGAAGAACAUGAAGCUACCUUGGGAGAGAAACGAUUUCUUUUUGGACAACCCAGUGAUUACUGUAUUAUUGAAAAAUGGAGAGGUUCAGAGAGGGUUCUUCCUCCACUCACAAAAAUCCUGAGACUUUGGAAGGCCUGGGGAGAAGAACAGCCAAACAUGCACUUUGUCCUGGUUAAAACAGAUGCUUUGGUUCCAGUUCCAUUAUGGAGGACAGCAGAAGCAAAACUAGUUCAAAAUACAGAAAAACAAUGGGACCUCAGUCCAGCCAACUAUAUGAAAAUGUUGCCACUAGAUAAGCAGAAAAGAAUAGUUAGGAAAACAUUCAGGAAAUUAGCAAAACUUAAACAGGACUCUGUUAUACAAGACCGAGACAGCAUGGAGACCUUAGUACAUUUGAUCAUUUCUCAGGACCACACAAUUCAUCAGCAGGUCAAAAGAAUGAAAGAACUAGAUCUGGAAAUUGAGAAAUGUGAAGCAAAAUUUCAUCUGGAUCGGAUAGAAUAUGAGGGAGAAAAUUAUGUUCAGGAUGCUUAUCUAAUGCCCAGUCCUGGUGAGGUCAAACAACAUAAAGAUAUGAAGGAAGAAGAAAAUCAGAUAACUGACUAUCUGAGUGAGAGUGAAGGAAUUUUACAACUGGAAGAACGAUUGAAAUAUUAUAGACUACUUAUUGACAAGCUAUCUGCUGAAAUAGAGCAAGAAGUAGAAAGUAUUUGCAUAGAUGUGAAUGAAGAAACAGAAGGGGCAGCUACAGAAGAAUUAGAAAAGAAAAACUUGGAAAGUAUUAAGUAUGAUUUGGAGAAAAGUAUGAAAGCUGGCUUAAAAAUCCAUUCUCACUUAAGUGGCAUCCAGAAAGAGAUUAAAUACAAUGACUCUUUGCUUCAGAGAAAAACAAUAGAAUAUGACCUCCUGUCAGAAGAACUGAAUGCACUUCAUUUCAGCAACAAGGAUGGGUGCCAAUCUAACGAAGAUAGAGAGAAAGGACUGGAGGGGACCAGUAGUUGUGUGGCUGGCUCUCAUUUUACUCAAAAAAUAUUUCAUUCUUAUACCAAUGACACAGAUUCAGAUACCGGAAUAAGCUCUACUCAUAGUCAGGACUCAGAGACUACUUUAGGGGAUCUGGUGCUAUUGUCAACAUAAAUAGAAUGAUUAUUUCAUGAACUAUUAUCAUGUUCUCAAAGACUGUUAAAAGAACGUUUGAUGGUGAUAGCUAGAUCACCCAGGAUGUCUUGGUUUCAAUGACUGUCCCAGAGGUAUCAAAUCACAUGGAUACUUGAUUAAAGUACUUAUAUAGUAGGAUGACAAAUGAGCUGACUUAAAAAAAAAAAACAGCCAACUUAAAUUCUAUCAAAAAUACUGUUUAUAAGGAAUGUUAAAACAAAAAAAUACUUCAAGUAUGAAGAUACAUACAAAAUGAUAACAAUUGUAGCUUGAGCUUAUAGAGAUGCUUUUUUUUUAGUUUGUAGUUCAUGUCUUGCAAAAACUUAAAACUGAUUUUGAAAGGAUCAAAAGAAUUGAAAUUGUAUAAUAAGAAUAAUAAAUGUCAUCUGUAAAAGCUUUCUUUAGUGCUAAAUGGUUGGAAUUUUAUCUCUCAAAAGGUGAUACAGGUUAGCUUCCUUUUACUCAACUUCUUAAUCUUUGUUUUGUUAAUUUCUAUUUAGGAUGUUUAACACAUUCAGUUAUACUCUUCCUGACCUGUGGAGAAAGGCCUAUGUAGGAAAAUGUUGAGAAAGGCUGCUGAGAGAACUUGGGGCUAUAGUGAUGGAAGCUAAACCAUGGGGUAAUUUGAGAGCACAGGAUUGGAAUAGUCAGCUACACAAAAGCAAUCUGAGCAAUUCAGAACCACAGAGAGAAGAAUCAUUUGGCUCGCUUUUGUUGCCUUGGGCAGCACCUAGGAUAAAAUCAAUGGGAUAUAGAAAUUCUUUAUUUCACUGAAACACAGAAUAGAAUUUCAGAAAGAAUCACCAAACAGAAAAUUUGAUAUUGGAUUAUUGCUCUAGAAUUGGAAGGGACCUUGAGGGUGAUUUGGUCUAAUACUUUCAUUUUAAGGUAGAAAAAAUGGAGACCCAGAGAGAAAAAAAAAAAAAGACUACCAUGGGAGUUGACUUCAGAACUAUGUUUUUGCCUAGGUCCUCUAACUCCAGAGUCCAUUUUCUAUUAUACUCUCUCAUCUCCACAUCCACUACAUGUCUAUAAAUGGUGAUAGUUGCAUAUUUUAAACCUUCUGGGGUACCAAAAACAAAGAAAAAACUAAAAAUAGAUUUCUAGACUCAUUUUCCUUACCUAUGAGGAAGAGAGAAUAAGAAGAUUGGACCAGAUAAGACAUAAGCUCUAAUUCCUAGCUCUAAAUCAAUGAUGUCAUUUUAUUAAUUAGAUUCAUAUAUGUCAGUAUGAGUCAGAUAAAAUCAAAGCUUUAAGGGUGACUUGAACUUAUUAAACCAAAUCAUCAAUUUCCUAUUAACUAAUGAUCUGGAUAUUUUGUAAGUGAGAACUGAAAAGUACUGCCCCAAGAACUAUAUGCUGCUCUUGAAAAUAGUCCCCAAAGAACUGGUUUAACCAACUCCUUUCAGCUCAGGAUUUGUUGGCUACAGCCUUUAUCAGACCACAUAAUGUGGCUAAUUUUUCACUAGUAUAGUUUUAUCUUUACAGUGAUAUAAGAUAGAGUGCAUUAUUUUUUUUUUCAUAUUGAAAACAGUAAAUUUCACCAUCAUGUAUUUUAAGUGUUUUAUUUUUUAUUUUCAUUAUUUUAAGUGUUGAAUUCCUUUUCUAUAUGUCAAUGCAUAUGUAAAUACAGAUGUGCUGAUUUUAAAUUAUUUUAAUACCAUGUUAUUAGAUGAUCCCCAGUGUUAUCUUAUUCCUUCUCAACCCAUUUAAAGUGAUUUUUUAAAAGAGAAAUUCUUUUUCCAUUUUAUUCCUUCUUUCUUCUUUUAAGCCAUCUCUUUACUCUCUAAAAUAUGAAUUAAUUUCUUGGAGGCUUAUUUUUUGGGGGAGCUUUUGUAUUAUCACUUCUUUACCUGAAUUUUUCUACUAGACAUGCAAAGCUUUCUGAAUUUAAAGUAAAUAAACCAAUGAAAUAUAUGUACACACACGUGUGUAGUGUGUGUUAUAUAUAUGAAAGAAGAAAGAAAAAAAGAAAGGAAGAAGGAAAGGAGGAAAGAAAGAAAAGUAUCUGGGCAAAAAUAAAUUGAGAUGUAUAUUCAAAAGCUAUUAUUAUAAGGCAAAUGUUAUGAAUGAUAAAACAUAGAAAGGGAAAAUCAGAUAUUUAUUUGAGUUAAAAUAUCAACUUAUUUCAUAGCUGGAAGGGACGUAUGACUGAUGAGGAUUUUGAUAGACUAUGUGAUUAUAUAUUGUUGUAUAAUGUGGAAGCUUCUGUUUAUUAAUUGUGAUAAUAAAAAUGCAAUCCAUUAGUAGUUUUUAGUCUCUCAAGGGAGAAAAGAUAUAUCUCUGGAAUAUUGCUCUUUAAAGAAGUAGAUGAGAUGAUGAUUUUCUUGUCUAUUACUUAGACUAUUUAGUUUAACUAUUACUUAGAGUAAAGAAAAGGCUCAAAGGGGAAAUUCUUUACUCAUGAAAAAUAAUCCCCCUCAAAAAGAUUUGGUGUUUGAUUUUGAAGGAAGACAACACUUUUUUUUUUGUAGCCCAACACCGUUGUACCCACUUCACAAAGUCAUUUCAUUUGUGACUUUAAAGAUAAUAAUGAUGAUCACUUACAUGUUUGUAGAACAUUUGGAUUUAGAUUUGGAAUCAGAAAUUUAAGUAUUAGCUUUACUAUGUAGUAGUUGUAUGACCCUGGAUAAGUAGCCUAAUGUUUCUGAACCUGAACUUUCUCAGUUAUAAAAUGAAGGGAUUAGAAAGGAGCCUUUUCAGCUCUAAAUCUAGCAAUGAAACAUACGACUUUGAAUCUUAUGAGGUAGAUAACAUAAAUUUCAUUAAAUCUACUUUAUGAACUUAGAUGACAUAACAAAUUUAAUAAAGAAAGGGAAUAUCUGAUCUGGGAUUAGAUGGCAAGUCCUUCUGAAUCCAAAACUAACACUUAUAAUCCUAUACUAUUCUAAAUACUUAACAUAAAUAAUGUCCGAUAAUACACAUUACUGAUAUAUAGAACUAAGGUUCCAUAUAUUUUUUUCUACCUGGUAAAUUAAAUAUAGUUCAUGUGUUAGAUAUUAUGACAUACAUGCAAAAGAUUCAUGAAUUUGCAUUUUUUGAACAAAAUAGAAGAUGAUAACUUCACACUAGUGAAGUUAUAUGUUGAAUGAAAAUUUGGUCUAAAAACAUGUUAAUGAUACAUUUUAUAAUACCCUUAAUUAAUGCAGUAAAGUUAACUGUGGGGUUUUUAAAUGCCUCAACAUUUAAGAAGAAAAACCUACAAUUGUGUAAUUUAUUAUAUUUUUUAGGGGGCUCUAUCUUGUGCUCCAUACCUCUGAUUCAAGAUAUCUGUAUCUUAUAAAUUUAUAAAGGAACAUUCCUUAUACUUAUAUAUAAAAUCUGAAAUCCUACUAGACUUCAUAAUAGUCUAGUAACCCUUUAAACUAUUUGUUUACAUCUGAUAGGACAGCUAAGUGACAGGUUGAAUAGAACACUCAUGUUUAUGAGUUCAAAUCUGGCCUUAGACACUAAGUAGCUGUGUGGUCCAGGACAAAUCACUCAUACCUUUUUGCUUCAGUUUCCUUAUCUGUAAAAUAAGUUGGAGAAGGAAAUGGAAAACCACUUCAGUAUCUUUGCUAAGAAAAACCCAAAUGGGGUCAUGAAGAGUUGGAGACAAUUAAAAAAUGACUAAAGAAUAACAACAAAAAUGGUUGAAAGGAAAGCACUUGUAGGAACCAAGUCUUCUACUUGUUUAGUAAGGUCUCUAUUAAUUCAACAAAAACUUAUGAAGUGCUUAUUGUGUACAAACUGGGGGAAGAAGAAAUAACACAUUUAAGAAAAGACAUGAUCCUUGUCCUCAUGGAUAUAUAGAAUAGUAGGAAGAAUAAUACUAAUAUACAAAAACGCUAUCAUAUAAAUAGAUAAAGGAUAGCUAUAAUAUGUAAAUGUUAAGGACCAAACCUAGGUGAAGGUGCAGGUCAAUUCUACUAGAACCUCCACAGCUGUGAAUCAUAACAUUUGAAGGAGUUGCAAAGCAGCCUUCGCAGAUGUUCCUUGUGGAUUGGGAAUGAAAUAAAUUGGAGGCAAGAGGGAAGAGAUCAGAUAAAGCAACUGCCUCUCAGUCUCCUUGUAUCAUCAUCCUCCUCUUCCUCCUCCUCCUCUUCCUCUUCCUCUUCUUCCUCUUCCUCGUCUUUCUCCUCCUCCUCCUUCUCCUCCUCGUCUCACAUGAAGAGAUCCAUUCCACAGGUCUGAGUUAGACCUCCAGCAGCCAUUGGCAGGUGAAAAUCUUAUGAUAAAUAUGUGAGAUAAGUAAAAAGUACCAUGUUAUGUCAUAGUGCUUCCAAAAAUAUAUUUGAGCAUAAUUUCUUCCUUUCAUCAAAUUUCACUGUGAUUGAUGAAAAAAGACAAUCACCAACAAAGUUACAUUAGGAUGUAAUCUAUUAUAGAGUAGGUAUGAAUGUGUCUUUUCAUUACAGAUUGCUCAGUCAGGAAAGACAUUUUUUAAAAAUAAUUAUAACUUUUUAUGACAGAACCCAUGCCUGGGUAAUUUUUUUUUUUACAACAUUAUCCCUUGCACUCACUUCUGUUCUGACUUUUCCCCUUCCUCCCUCCAUGCCCACCCCAGAUGGCAAGCAGUCCUAUACAUGUUAAAUAUGUCAUAGUAUAUCCUAGAUACAACAUAUGUGUGCAGAAAUGAACAGUUCGCUUGUUGCACAGGAAGAAUUGGAUUCAGAAGGUAAAAAUAACCUGGGAAGAAAAACAAAAAUGCAAAUAGUUUACAUUCAUUUCCCAGUGUUGUUUCUUUGGGUGUAGUUGCUUCUGUCCAUCACUGAUCAAUUGAAACUGAGUUAGAUCUUCUCUUUGUCAAAGAAAUCCACUUCCAUCAGAAUACAUCCUCAUAUAGUAUCGUUGUUGAAAUAUAUAAUGAUCUCCUGGUUCUGCUCAUUUUACUUAGCAUCAGUUCAUGUAAGUCUCUCCAAGCCUCUCUCUAUUCAUCCUGCUGGUCAUUUCUUACAGAACAAUAAUAUUCCAUAACAUUCAUAUACCACAAUUUACCCAACCAUUCUCCAAUUGAUGGGCAUCCAUUCAUUUUCUAGUUUCUAGCCACUACAGACAGGGCCACCACAAACAUUUUGGCACAUACAGGUCCCUUCCCCUUCUUUAGUAUCUCUUUGGGAUAUAAGCCCAGUAGUAGCACUGCUGAAUCAAAGGGUUGCUUAGUUUGACAACUUUUUGGGCAUAAUUCCAGAUUGCCAGGAAAGACAUUUUAAAAAUUAAUUGGACAUUUCUUUAAAGAAGAGUAUCCAAUAUUUCUGUCCUUUUUUUUUUUUUUUUUAAAGCACAGGGCAAUGCCUUGAUUAUCAAUUCUUCAAUUCCAAAGCAAGAAUACAAUCAAAGAAAUUUAAUCCUGCCCUCCCAAAACAAAACAACACAUAUAUUUAUAAUUAUAUAAAUAAUAUCUCUGCUAUUUAAAUGAAAAAUAUUUUCAGUGGUUAUUAGAGUUGGAAAACAUUCUAUACAGAAUAAACACUUUCUUUUCUAUAAUUUACAGAUCUUAUUUUAUUUUUACAUUAUAUGUAUGUGUGUAUACGUAUUUCAGACAAAGGGAAUAUAUUUCUUUUUUCUCCUGCCAAUUAAUUAACUCAAUGGGACAAAUUUUAACCAUCUAUGAUUUCCUCAAAUUAUAAUUGAUAUGUAAUAUUAAAGAACUAAUUCUAUUUUCUUUGA